AUGCGAUCUGGACCGCACAUGGCCCCGAAAUGCCUUAGCCAAAGAAGGGACUCGCCUUCACUUGGGCACCGGCCUUGGCUUUGGCAGGACAGUGUCCUUGCUGUGGAAAGGCAUCAGCGCGAGACCUUGGCAAGUUACUGCUCAUCCAUCAGUCACUGGGGGAAGCAAGGUCACUGGCAGCAGGCUGUCUUCGUCUUGUGCCAGCUAAUCGCACGCAGGCUCGAAGCCAAUGUCAUCAUCUUUAAUGCGACGGUGCAUGCCUGCGAGCAGGGUGUUCGAUGGUCGAAUGCGUUGAAUUUGCUAAACGAUGCGAGGAAGCGGGGACUGCAGUGGGAUGAAUUCUCUUGUGGCAGUGCUGUAAACUCCUGUCAGGGUCUGUGGCCACGGGCAUUCUCGCUGCUCCGGCUGCAUGCGUGCAAUGCGGGCUUCUCAUCCCACCACGUUAUCACCACGUCGGCCACACGGGCCUGCGCAGCUCAAGCCGCAUGGCCCAGUGCUUUGCAUUUGCAAGAGCAUUAUGCAGCGAGUGGGGGUCAGAGUGACCUCGUGCUCGGGAAUGCGGCCAUUCAAGCGAUCCACUCGGGCGGUGGCUGGGAGAAAACGGCUCGCCUUGUCUACCAGCUGUUGAGACAAAGCCUGCAAGUCAACGCCAGGACGUAUCUUCCGGCCAUGAGCUCCUACAGCCCCGAACGCUGGCCUGCGGUCUUGCAGCUGCUAAGCUCCAUGGAAACCCAGACCUGCGGCAAUCUGCUCCUGUGCACGUCCGUCGUCAGCGCCUGUGGUAGCUCCUGGCAGUGGGCACUGCUUUGUUUCAGGGAGACAAAGCAGCGAUGGUCAGCCGAUGUCGUCAUGUACAACUCUGCACUCAGUGCCUGCGCUGAGGGAGGGGAGUGGGAAUGUGCAUUAUGCCUCUUGAAAGAGAUUGGAGAUGUUAAGUUGGAGAGGAGCAUCGUUUCAUACAAUGCUGCGCUUAGUGCCUGUGCUGCAGGGAGCCAGUGGCUGCUGGCACUGCAUAUCUUGGAGAUUGCUUUGAAGAGCGGGCUGCAAGGAAGCCUCGCUUCCUUCACUGCCACCAUGGACGCCUGCGCCGAGUCCAAGCGCUGGGAGACCGUCCUCCGGCUUUUUGUGCAGCUGCGCCAGAGCUUUAUCGACUUGGAUGCUGGUGCCUACAGCUCCGUGCUUAAUGCCCUGAACCACGCGGCAACGAGUCGAUGGAGUGAAGGCUUGGCCUUUCUGCAGGAAAUGCAGAAGAGGCGAUUGCGGCGGGAGAGCCGGCUUUGCAAUGCGGCUCUUCGAGCCUUCCAGAGGCAGAGCGGCGCUUUUUGGAACUCUGCACUGCAGCUCUUUGCGAACUUUCAAGCGCAACACGUUCUGGCAGAUGCGAUCGGUGUCAACGUGAUGACCAACUCCUUCACCGCCGGAGCCCAGUGGCGACGAUCCAUCCGAGCAGUGCGACAUCUCCUGGAUGGAUCCAUGCAAGCCAACGAGGUCAGCUAUUCGUCGCUUAUCCGCGCGACGGAGAUCACAGCCUCGUGGCACGCAGCACUGAAGUAUCUACUCGAGACACGCGAGGAGGGCUUGCAGGGCAGUGCGAUCGAAUACAACGCUGCGAUCAGCGCUUGUGCGAGCAGAGAGGCUUGGGAGCGGGCUCUCUUGUGCUUGGUCCAGAUGAUCGAGGCUCAGCUUCUGCCGGAUCUUGUUUCUUACAACUCUGCGAUGAAUGCUUGCGUCCAGGCAGAGGAGUGGCAAUCCGCACUCUCUUUGCUGCAGCAGGUGUCAUAUGUGAAGCUGCAGUGCGGUCUGGUCUCAUACAACACUGCAAUGAGUGCAUGCGCUUCCGGCAGCCAGUGGCAACUAGCACUGUCCUUUCUGGCCUUGCUGCAGCAGCUUAGACAAGUGGAUGUUUUCAGCUAUUCUGCUGCAAUGGCUGCCUGUGACUCGGGCAAGCAGCCGCGUCGGGUCUUCUCUCUCCUUGCCGAGCUUCAAAGUGAUGGAAUUCAGGAAUCGGUGCUUCCCUUUACAUCGGCGAUUAAUGUCUUUGCAAAGGGCCGGGACUGGGAACCUGCGCUGACAAUGCUCGUUAAUCUUAGGUGCAGGGCUUUGCAGCAAAAUGUCGUAUGCAACAACGCAGCCCUGGGAGCCUGCAGGGGCGAUCAUUGGCAAAAGGCUUUCCACUUGCAGCAAUCGCUUUGCAGGGCUAGCUUGCAGCCAAGCGCUAUUACAUGCAGCUCCACUAUCAGUGCUCUCGAAACGGUUGGGCAGUGGGAGUGGGCCUUUCACCUUAUGCUUCGUCGGGGAGUCCACGUGAAUCGCAUGGCAGUCACUGCUGCGAUCCGCAGCUGUGGUGGCAAGCAGUGGGAGUGCGCGCUCGCUUUGCUGGAAAUGCUGCAGGACCUUGAGGACACUGGCAUGGCUGGUGUGGAGAGCGAUGUGGUGGUUUACAAUGCAUGCCUCUCUGUCUUUCAAGUCGCUGCUCAGUGGCAGCAUGCCUUUCGUUUGCUGGGGGAGCUCCACAAACGGUCCAUGCAAGCGACGGUGCAGACUUUCGCGGCGGCCGUCGGCGCCUGUGAGAGUGGACUUCUGGCACAAGAAGCUGUCUCACUGAUCGAACAGGUGGAGUCCACUGCAUGGCUAGGAGCAAAAGCCACCAGGGCUUAA